AUGAAUCCCGAGGAGCGUCCCCCUCGUCCCCGGAGCCGUGACGACUUCGAAAUCGCCAUUAUCUGCGCCUUACCCUUGGAGCGCAACGCCGUGGAGGUACUGUUGGAAAAAGAAUACGAGACCGGUGGCUUUUCCUACGGCAAAGCGGCGGAAGAUUUGAAUGCCUACACCACGGGGCGACUGGGUAAUCAACAUGUGGUUCUGGCUUAUAUGCCAAGUAUGGGCAUGAUUAACUCGGCUGCAGUGGCUGCCAAUCUUCGCUCCAGCUUUCGAGGAAUCAGACUGGCCAUGAUUGUUGGUGUUUGUGGCGGCGUUCCGACGACUCCUGAGGGCGCCGAGAUCCUGCUAGGCGAUAUCAUUGUGAGCAUGUCGGUGAUUCAGAUUGACUUUGGCCGGCAAUACCCGAACAUGUAUAUCAGAAAGAGAGAGCUUGAGGACACUCUUGGGCGAGCGGCCCCAGAAGUUCGAGCGUAUAUUGGGAAGAUUUCAGGCUAUCUAGUCCAGAAGAGGCUCCGAAACAAGAUUACCACCUUCUCCGCCCAUAUUGGCACAACGGAAGGAUUUUCAGGAUCCGUCUAUCCUGGACCAGAGAAUGACAAACUGUAUCCUGCUGACUACCGACACAAGCAUCGAACACAACCCUGCGGCACUUGCGAAGCCUGCAACGGAUCCAAUGACGAUGUUUGCGAGACAGCCUUGCAGAGCGAUUGUGAGACUCUAGGUUGUGGCAACGACAUCAUUGACGGGGGCACUUGUGUUCAACGAGCAUUGGGUAGCUCUCAAGGAGGUGCCGGAAGACCAGCCAUCCGCUUUGGUCGAAUAGCGUGCAGCAACACCGUUAUGAAGAGUGGUGUACACCGAGAUCGUGUUGCGGCUGAGGAGAAGGUCAUUGGGUUUGAGAUGGAAAGCGCAGGCGCCUGGGAAUAUCUCCCUACAAUUGUAAUCAAGAGCGUGUGCGACUAUUCAGACAGCCACAAAAAUAAGCAGUGGCAAGCAUACGCAGCUGCGACGGCGGCUGCUUGCACCAAGGCGAUGCUGGAAGAGUGGAGAAACAUAGAUAGGCCAGCCCGAGAUGCAGUCGAACAGGGACGCCCAGGUGAGUGCAGCAGGGGGAUGCCGAUCCCUCCAGGAAUCGAUUUAAUCACAAAUCCUGUACAUUGGACCGUUACUCGCUCUCCCAACACAUUGUUUGUGGGGCGAAAUGAUCUGCUCGACGAGUUGGGUACCAUCGUUCGUGAGGCUGUCAAGAAUCCUGUACCGCAGACUCAAUGCAGGAUUGUCAUUUCAGGCAUAGGUGGUCAGGGUAAGAGCGAGCUCUGCUUGCAGCUCGCUCACCGAGCCCGCACUCUAUUCUGGGGCGUCUUUUGGGUCGACGUCAGCACCAGACCCUUGGCAGAGAACGGGUUCUUAGACAUCGCGAACCGGCUGAAAGUACCGGCAAAAACAUGGGAAGACGGGCGACAAGGGCUAACCAAUGUUCAACAACCAUGGAUACUGGUGCUGGACAACGCUGACGACCCCAAAGUUGACUAUCAAGACUACUUCCCACCUGGCCCGUCGGGCGUCGUGGUGCUGACGUCGCGCAACCACGAGUGCCAGCAGUACGCCACGGCCCGGUACAUCGAUCUAGAAGGUCUCACUCUAGCUGAUUCGCGAGAGCUCCUGCUGAAAGCAGCAUGCGUCGAAGAAAAUAAACGCCCAACUGUGAAGAAUGAUGCAGACAAAGUGGCCGAGCUGCUUCACUCUCACGCUCUGGCACUGAUUCAGGCCGGAGCAUAUGUGGCACGCGGCCACUGCACCUUAGCAAAGUACCCCGAAGUAUACAGACGUCAAAGAAAACGACUUCUCACUUUCCGGCCCAACCAAGCUCAAUCACGGUAUCGUGACGUCUACGCAACGUUCGAGGCCUCGGUUGAAAUCCUUGACGCGACAUCGACGGAAUCAACCCGUGAUGCGCUCGAACUAUUGCCGAUGCUGGCGACGACCACAACGAGCGCAGAGACCUGA